GAUUGGGGGAGGAGAUGUUUCUUUUUUUAUCAGCCAGCUAGUCGACUAGUCAAGACUAAUCAACUAGCUAGUGAAUUGCUUGGUUGCGGUUUAUGUUGUGUGAGUUUGUUGACUCUGGAAGUCUGCAGCGGGAGAUGCUCAAAGGCUGCGGUGGACGGGAGAUAUUCAUUCGACCCCUUGCAGCUCUGGCUUGUCCGGCGGCUAGAUGUAGAUAUAAAUAGUCGAGCAGUCGAGGAUCGUGGUCGAUACAACGGACGAUAAGAGUAGUAAUAAAAAACCUGGAGAAUCCGUGUGCGGACUUCGGUACUCUGGCUAACAGAGCCUUGGAUGCGUGAUUAUGGGUGGUGACUAGGGGGGUUACUCAGAGCACAUCUUGGUCACCCAGGAGCCUGCCAACCUGUCUGACAACCGACUUCAAGGCCAGCGUCGCGGGACUGUCCGGAAAGCUGUCAAUGAAGCUCUCACCAAAGUCGCAGGCCAUGCCUACUCGCGGGUCGAGCGGUAUCGAGCCCAGGAACUGGAUGUCCAGGUCUGCCGCCAGCUGUCUGCCUCCGCCAGUCGUCGCCUUGAAGAUGUCAGACUGAUGCUUGCAGCUCGGACAGACGAAGCCUGACAUGUUCUCUACCAAUCCGAGGAUGCGUAUACCAGCCUUGCGACAAAAGUCGACCUCCUUGCGGACGUCGAGCAGUGACACCUCCUGCGGCGUUGUAACCAACACCGCUCCGUCAACGCCAGACUCCUUCAGCAGCGAAUUAACAGAAAGGUGCUCGUCCGAGGUGCCCGGCGGGGUGUCGACAAUCAGGUAGUCCAUCUCCCCCCAUUCGACAUCCUUGAGGAACUGCUUGAUGAGUCCGUUCUUCUUGGGGCCGCGCCAGAUGACGGCGUCGUCGCGGUUGGGCAGCAUAAACUGGAUGCUCAUGACGGCCAAAUUGUCCGACACCCAGACCGGGUUCCAGCCGUCUGCGCUGACGUGGAUUGUCUCUGCCUCGACGUCCAUCAUCUUGGGGAUGGAAGGCCCGCAGAUGUCGGCGUCCAUGAUGCCCACAGUCGACUGCGGGUUCGAGGCGAAUGCGUGUGCCAGCAGGGCCGAAAAGGUCGACUUGCCCACUCCUCCCUUGCCCGAGAGCACGAGGAUCUUGUGUCUAAUCGAUGCCAGCCGUGCAGUGAUGAGUGGGAUGUCCGGGUCGGGCCCUUUGGGGGUGGAAGCACAUAUCGCCUGGUUCGGACACCCUGCGCAGGCGUCUCCCUUUCCGGCCUGUGACGACGUUGGUCCCGGGCAGUGUUCUAUCCUGUUAGUCGCCUUCUCCUUGCCUAUAUAACUAUGCAAGAGUGUCCAGAUGAUCAAACCUACCUGGCUCCGGCGCAACAAGAUCUGGGGCCUCCGCCAUCUUUCUUUGCCGCCCUUUUUUUUUUUCUUCCUGUUCCCCGAGCUAAUCCCUCUUCCUCUUGGCUUCUUCCGUGCGUGAGUAUCCUUAUUCCGCGUGCUACCAAGUCAGAACUGCUGCUGCUGUCCGACUUUUCAGCGUCCUGUCUCUCUCUCUCCGUCUGUCUUUUAAGCUGAUAAAAAAGAUCUCAAAGAUUGAUAAUCAAAAUCCCUUAUCGUGUAUGGUAACGUAUUGUAAGAUUGUCCGUAGCAUGUGAUUAUCCACGCCGCUUUCUGCCUGUAACUUUGGUAUUAGCCGUUACCCCCACUAUACAUCAACAACAACAUCCGCCGCAGCAGCAAAAAGACGAAGCAAACGACAGCGAAAAGUGACGAAAACAAGAGACGGCAGGGGAAAGAAAGCUGCUGGACGUUGCAGAGGGAGACCGUGUAGAUGGCAUACGUGAGAUUAAACUAGCCUGAUCGUCUCCGGGGUCGAUCCUGGCGGGCUACCAAGUAUCCCUUUGUACCGAGUACUUUCUACCACCCGCGGCCGC